CUUUUUUCCACACGUGAAAUUGUUAACCCAAGGUCUUUUUUUUAUUUAUUUUUAACUCUGCUGGUUAUCUUUUUGCUAUAUUCACAUUCUUAAUACUUUUACAAUGUAUGUUUGUUAAACCUUCGGUUAACAUUCUUCUUUAAUUAAAGUGAAAUAACUAAAGUGAGUGGGGACUGAGAAGUAACAAAAGGACACAAAACUAUCAUAACAAUAGUCCGUAUUUGAUUCAUGCGCUAUACCAAGUCUUAAUCGUUUGUGCAAUAAUUGUAAGAAGAAUAUUCAAAUGAAAGAUACAGAUACUAAUUCAGGUUAUUUGUUGCCACAUACUGUAAAUAACACCUCAGAAAGAUGGAAGAACGCGGAAAAGCGUCCUGAUGGAGUGUUCGGUGAUCGCUUGGUAAUGUCUGGCAGUAUGGCGAACCUCACGGACGCGACAUCACUGCAGCAGUUCGAGGAAUUGUUCAAAAAGAACAGCAAGUCCCUCACCGUUGUCCAUUUCCAUGCAGCAUGGGCUCCGCAGUGUUCGCAGAUGAACGAUGUGAUGGCAGAAUUAGCCAAAGAGCACAAACACACCAUGUUUGUGAAGCUGGAGGCAGAGGCAGUCCCGGAGGUUUCUGAGAAGUAUGAGAUCACUUCAGUUCCCACCUUCCUCUUCUUCAAGGGUGGUGAGAAGAUUGACAGGUUGGAUGGUGCGCAUGCCCCUGAGCUGACCAAUAAGGUGCAGCGGCUGGGGUCCGGUGGGGGCGGGGCUGCCAGGGCGGGGGACGUCCCUAAAGAGGAUCUCAACGAGAGACUGAAGAGGCUGAUCAACGCCGCACCCUGCAUGCUCUUCAUGAAGGGAUCGCCCCAGGAGCCUCGCUGUGGUUUUAGUCGUCAGACUGUUCAGAUUUUGAAGGACCACAAUGUACACUACAGCAGUUUUGACAUCUUCUCAGAUGAAGAGGUCAGACAGGGACUCAAGACCUACUCCAACUGGCCCACUUAUCCGCAAGUGUACGUCAACGGAGAACUCAUCGGAGGACUGGACAUCGUAAAGGAGCUGAAUGAGAAUGGUGAGCUGGCAUCUGUGUUGAAAGGAGAAAACUAAACUACUCCAGCACUGAAGAACAUGUGGAUCACAUCGCUGAGAUGCCUGUAACCUGCACAGUUAACCUCAGGAAUGGAGGACUCGAAUUAGACUUAUUCCAUCCAAGUUAGCAUUUUAUUAGGAAAUUACUAAUUUUCAAAUUCAAUGUUGAUCCGAUGAUGUAAAUCCAAUAAAGCUAAAUGUGUUCUAAUCUGUUUUUGUUGCACUGACAUACAGUAUUUUAGAUAUUGUUCAUACCUGGUAUUUACAUCCGUCUCUGGUAAUCUGAUUUACAAGUGGUCAACCAAGAUUUAAAAUGUACACCGGGUAUUGAUGUGUCUUAAAUAUGUCUGCUGUGACCAUAGGCGUGGGAAGUGGGGGGUGCUACUGCACCCCGUUUUUUUCUGUGGGCAACUGUUUAACUGUU